ACCCUAGGAUGUGUUUGUACAAUAUGGGUAGCAAAUGGAAGCUGCUGAUGAUUCUAUAGUAUAGAAUAUUUUUGAUGCCGCUCCGUGACUAGAGAUAUCGGCCAAAAUGUGGACCCCGAUAACUUAAGGAUGUGUUCGUACAAUAUGGGUAGCAAAUGGGAGCUGUUGAUGAUUGCUAUAGUAUAGAGUAUUUUUAAUGCCCCUCCGUAACUAGGGUCUCGGGAUAUAGACCAAAACGUGGACCUGGAUAACCCUCGGAUGUGUUUGAACCACAUGAGUAUACAUUGUAAGUUGUUGAUAAAUGCUAAUGAAAAGAGGACUUUUCUUUUCGCUGGGUAACUAAGGACUCCAGAUAUAGACCAAUUGGGAACUCGCCUUCAGGUUAAGAGAUUACAUUCUUAUGUACUACAACCAGUUAAAAUGGUAUAUUCAAUCACAUAACAAUAUAUUAUUUUUACCUGAAGGCGAGUUCCCAAUUGCAAAAUCAGAAACAGAGAAUCGGCCGUUGGAAUGUAUCAAACAACUUUUUUAUUGUAUUUACUUACCUUUCUACUUCCACUCAUUUCGAUUAUUGUAGGCAUUUUUUUAAAUUUAAUUUAUUCUUUUUUAAUUGAAAGAAAAAUGCCACGAUCCACACGCGGAAAUAUAGGUCGACGAACGCGUCAUGCAAAUGCUACGGCAUUACAAAGGCGAUCACAGACUCCAGAUGAACGAGUACACGUUAAUGCAUCGCAGCGUGAACGUAAUGCACGAAAUAGAUCUGUUGUACCUGAAACUAUGCGUGCUGCUUUUAAUUACAACAGUCAGAUUAAUUACAGUAUGUACGGAUAUAUUGGAAUAAUGGACGCAAUAUGUCCACAUUGUGAUGCGGCUAAAUUUCCAGGUGAAACGCCCGGCAUGUGUUGUGCUAAUGCCAAAGUGAGAUUGCCACCAUUAGAAACUCCACCCGAACCAUUGUCUUCAUUAAUUUUUGGGACUUCUGAAAAUUCGAAGCACUUUUUGAGUCAUAUUCAACAAUACAAUUCGGCAUUUCAAAUGACUUCUUUUGGUGCUACUAACAUUAUUAGAGAUAAUUUUAUGCCGACGUUUAAGAUUCAGGGCCAAAUUUAUCAUCAAGCUGCGUUAUUGCCAUACCCCGACGCUGAUUAUCAAUUUUUGCAAAUUUAUUUUAUUGGUGAUGAAAAGCGUGAAUUGGAUCAACGUUGUGCAAUUGCUUUGAAUACAAGACGAGAAAUUAUUUGUGAGCUACAAAGGUUUUUCCAUCAGCAUAACGCAUUAGUUCAAUUGUUCAAAGUUGCUCUCGAUCGUAUGCCAUCUUAUAAUCACAAAAUCAUAAUAAGGGCUGAUAGAACACCUUUUGGAGAGCAUGAAAGGCGAUUCAAUGCACCGACAAUUGAUUAGGUUGCAAUUGUAAUUCGUGGUGAUCAGUUUCAAUCGCGUGAUAUUAUACUUCAUCGUAGAAAUGAGCAAUUGCAACGUGUUUCGGAACUUCUUCGUAGUUACGACGCAUUACAAUACCCAAUAUUGCAUUGGAAAGGUGACGAUGGCUACCAUAUCAAUAUACUAAUGAUUCAUCCACGAACAGGUCUGCAUGUACAGAAAAAAGUUAGUGCCAUGAAUUUUUAUUCUUAUCGAUUAAUGGUUCGUCCACAAGAACAAAAUUAUAUCUUGAGAUGUCGUAAACUAUAUCAUCAGUACAUCGUUGAUAUGUAUGCCAAAAUAGAAACAGAAACGUCUUCAUUUUAUUCGUUUCAACCAAGCAAAAUUAAGAUCUGAACAAUAUAUUCAUUUGCAAGAUGCGAUAGCGAAUGAUGCUAAUAUUAAUGGCAUCGGACGUUCGGCAAAAAUGUAAGGCACUUAUGGAUUUAAUUGUGAAAUUAUAUGUAUUUAGGGAGGUGCGAUGCCAUAUGUACUCCAUCGAAUGCCAGAAAAGGGGAUUGCCGCACGCACAUAUACUAAUUUGGCUGGUACAUAAAAUAACUCCGGAUCAAAUCGAUAACCUUAUAUCAGCUGAAAUUCCUAAUCACAUUGCUGAUCCUGAUUUAUUUCAAGUUGUUAAAAACAUGAUACAUGGACUGUGCGGUGAACUAAAUGUGAAUUCACCAUGUAUGACUGAAACGAAACGAUACCCAAGGCAAUUUACUUCAGACACAAUAACGGGCAAUGACGGAUAUCCGUUGUAUCGACGUAGACCACCUAAUGAUAAUGGCAAAACGGCAACCAUUAGAAUGUAUAACCAGGAAGUUGAAGUUGAUAAUCGUUGGGUGGUUCCGUAUUGUCCAUUAUUAUCGAAAAUAUUCAACGCUCAUAUAAAUGUGGAAUAUUAUAAUUCUGUCAAAUUCAUUAAAUAUAUUUGCAAGUAUGUAAAUAAAGGGAGCGAUAUGGCUAUUUUCGGUGUUGCUGGUGAUAAAAGAAAUGAUGAUUGCCUGUCAUUCCUCGGUAAACUCCUGCUGAUGAAAUAAGUGCAUGUUUGAAGUCAUCAGUUCUUUGGAGAUAUGUACAAAAAUUGAUACUGAACAUUAAUAUGCGUAUUCACCUACAAAAUGAUCCAGCUGCCCAUGAGUUUUCAAAACAAUUGUUACAAAUUGGUGAUGGCAAAAUACAAAUCGACAGAACCAACGGAUUGAUUACUGUACCGAACAAUUUUUGUACAAUUACGAAAUCGAUAGAUGAAUUGAUUGAAUGUGUUUUUCCAAAUAUUCUUCAGAAUUACAGAAAUCAUGAUUGGUUGAGAGAACGCGCCAUUUUAGCACCGAAGAACAUUCAUAUCAAUGCCAUUAGUUUUGAAAUUCAAGCAAAACUACCAGGUGUAGUCACGACAUAUAAAUCAAUUGACAGUGCUAUGAAUCAAGAUGAGGCAAUGAAUUAUCCAACUGAAUUUUUAAAUUCAUUAGAACCGGCUGGUAUGCCACCGCAUUGCUUGAAUCUGAAAGAGGGUUCUUUGAUUAUAUUAUUGCGAAAUAUUAAUCCACCAAAACUGUGUAAUGGCACCAUAUUGGCAGUGAAAAAUUUAUUGUCAAAUUUGAUUGAAGCUACGAUCUUAACUGGUAAAUCAAAAGGAGAAGUUUGUUUAAUACCGCGUAUCCCUAUGAUUCCAACUGAUAUAACAUUCGAAUUCAAACGAUUACAAUAUCCUGUGCGUUUAUCAUUUGCGAUGUCCAUCAACAAAGCUCAAGGGCAAACACUUAACGUUUGUGGUGUGGAUUUGGAGGAAUCAUGUUUUUCACAUGGCCAACUUUAUGUUGCCUGUUCCAGAGUCGGUACCCCCAGCCGUUUGUUUAUUCAUGCUCAAAAUGGAAAAACAAAAAAUAUUGUUUAUCCAAAUGUUUUGGAUUAAGUUUUAAAAUAGCUAGCAAAUUAUUAAAUAUAUUUUUUUUUAUAAAUGAGUUUGAUUUAAUAUUUCACUUUAUACGUAGCGAAGCACGU